ACGACUCACGGAUAUUAUACCCCGGGGUCUCAAAUUAGAGUUAGCUAAGAAUUAAUUCGAAUAUGGCAACCAGUUUAUUGGACUAUCUCAUGUUAACAGGUUAUGAAUUUGAAGUUGUCAGUUUAUACCAUUUGUUUCUCCUACUUCAUCAUAUAUAUAGUUAUACAGUGUACAAGUGUACAUCAAGUCCUUCAUCUAUUAGGUCAUUGCAUUCAUUCAUACCCCACUAUUUCAUGUAUAGACCAUAGACCAUAGCCAUAUAUACAAAAUAAUACCACUAUUAUCAUCAUGAAGUUAUCUAUGAUAAAUCAAAUACCAUUCAAAGCAAAAAACUAUUUCAGUCAACCUCCUUUGAACUAUGAAUUAUAUCUUAAACGAAUUAGAAGAUUUCCUAAACUAUUCAAACCAUUACAAGAUGCUAAUCAAGAUAAAGACCGGGAUACCAUUGAUUUAGCUUUAAUCAAUGCUAUCAAAGCCAAUAGAACUUUACAAACCAAUAAUAACACUUUCCCUCAUGAAUAUCGUCAUACUCAUGAUUAUUAUAUCAAUGAUGAAGUUUUAAAUUUGAAAUUGAAUCCAACAAACUUGAAAUUAGAACAAAUGUUAUGGAAUUUCCUAUAUAAUAGUCCCACCAAUAAAUCAUAUUUCAUUACUAAUUCAAGUACUAUUCGAACUUAUUUAACUACUAAACCCUUACCUUCCAACCCAAAACGUUUGUUUGAUGUCACUGUAUCAAACUUUAAUAGCAUAGUACCCAAAUUAUAUUCUAUAUUCAAAAAAAUUCCUCCUGUUGAUACCUCCCUUACAUUCACAGCAUUACAAGUAUUAUUAGAAAAGAAAGAUUAUUAUAAUUCGAUAAAGUUAAUUGAUUUAACUUUAAAUUCCCCUUCAUACCUCACUUAUUUAGAUAAAAAAUUCAAAUAUUCAAUCAUUUAUUCAACUACAGUUUUAUCAACUAUCACUUUACUUCAAGCUAUUUAUUUGCCAUUAUUAGCUCCUUGGAUAUGGUUAUUAAUCAAUUCAGUGGGAUUUUCAGGAUUAUUCUAUGGAUUAUUCAAAUUGAAAGUAGUUCAAAGUGUUGGAAGAUUAAGUUGGAGACCUUAUAAUUCAAUCUAUUAUAAUUAUUUACAUAGUGAUGAAAUCUUAGCUAUUAAUAAAGUUAUCACUCAUUUAGAAGAACAUAAUGAAAUCAAUAUUAAGAAUUAUCAUCAUAGUAAAGUGAGAAAGUUUCCUAAUCUUAAUAUCUUUGAACUGAAUGAUUAUAUCUUAGAAUUACCCUCUGAGAAAGAUCAAAAAAAUGAUGAGAUUGAAUUAGCUAAUUUUCCUCCUUCAACUCCACAACUUCCUACAUCAUUCAAAAUCGAUCCUGAAUCAACAAAUCUACAACAAUUCUUUAAACAAGAACUAAACAAACGGAAAAUCACUUUAAAUGAUUUACCUGAAGAAUUAGAUUUCUUACAAUUUUGGUUAACUCAUGGUGAAAAUUUUGAAUGGAUUGAACCUGAUCAAGAUCCAGCAGAGAUUAUAAAGCUUGAUAUUAAAAAUAAAACCACUCUUGAACAUUAGAAAACAAAAAGUACACUGCAUUAGUCUAGCAUCAACCUAUAUAUGUAUAUAUCCCUCAUUUAUUUAUUUAUUUAUUAAACCUAAAAUAUUUAUCGUUCAUGAAUCGUCUAUACCUUACAGCCCCACGGUGAUUAAUGAUUGCAAAUUUAAAAUUAUGUUGCCGACUUUAUAUGCAGGAAAUAAUAA